GCAACAAAAAGUACAGAGGAAGAGAGAGAGAGAGAGAGAGAGAGAGAGAGAGAGAGCCAUGAAAGUCACAAGCCAAGAUGAAUCCGAUUACGAGAGCAGCAGUUCUUCGAUCACGGUGCCGGAGUCGGGUCACAGCUUUAUCAGUGACCUUAGCUGCCGGAGCUCAGUCUCCGCCUGUUCCAACGCCGACAACAACCUCUACGGUGGUGGUGGUCAGAAACCACACAAAGCAAACCAAGCUGCCUGGGAGGCUAUGAAACGCCUUAGGGGAGAGAAAGGCCGAGUAGGGCUCGAACAUUUUCGUCUAAUCCGCCGACUCGGCAGUGGCGACAUCGGCAAUGUCUACCUCUGCCAACUCCGAAGCCCAGCUGUGGGUUUGCCAGAGAGCUUGUACGCCAUGAAGGUGGUGGAUAGAGAAGCACUUGCGUUCAGGAAGAAGCUUCAGAGGGCAGACAUUGAGAAGGAGAUAUUGGGUAUCCUUGACCACCCUUUUCUCCCCACUCUCUAUGCCGAGUUCAACGCUUCUCACUACUCUUGUCUUGUAAUGGAGUUCUGCCCUGGAGGUGACCUCCACGCCGCCCGACAACGCCAGCCAGGGAAGCGCUUUAGUAUCUCAUCAGCCAAGUUUUAUGCAGCAGAGACCCUAUUAGCUAUGGAGUAUCUGCAUAUGAUGGGUGUUGUUUACAGAGACCUUAAGCCAGAGAAUGUGUUAGUUAGAGAAGAUGGGCAUAUCAUGCUCUCUGACUUUGAUCUCUCCCUCAAGUGUGAUGUUGUCCCAAAGCUACUCAAAACCAAGCUUGACCCUCAAGAAUACUCUCAGGACAAGGAGGAGAAGUGUUCUCUCCCCUCAUGUGCAACACCCAUGCACCCUGUAAUUUCUUGUUUCUCAUCUCCUAGCAAGAAGAACAAGGAGGGCAUUGUGACCAUGGAAAGGACACAAGUUGAUUUGCAAGACACUGAAACAGAAUUGGUGGCAGAACCCAUCAAUGCUAGAUCUAAGUCAUUUGUUGGAACUCAUGAGUACUUGGCACCAGAAGUGAUCUCAGGAUCUGGCCAUGGAAGUGCUGUGGAUUGGUGGACUCUUGGGGUGUUCUUGUAUGAGCUGUUGUAUGGCAAAACACCCUUUUUAGGUGAAAACAAUGAGAAGACCCUCAUCAAUAUCAUUAAACAGCCAUUAACCUUCCCUAGAAUUGGUGUUAGUAGUAGUAAAGAGUUUGAAGAAAUGGUGAAGUUUCAAGACCUUAUAAGCAAGCUUUUAGUGAAGAACCCAAAAAAGAGGCUUGGAAGCUCCAUGGGCUCUGUUGAGAUCAAAAGGCAUGAGUUCUUCAAGGGUGUCAAUUGGGCUUUAAUUAGAUCAGUCAGGCCUCCAGAGGUCCCUAAAGACAUACUGAAGAUCAAGAGCAAAGCUUCCAUACUUACUAAGUUAACCAAGAAAGAAAGAGAUGCUACUUAUCAGAUCCCUCACCAUUUCGACUACUUCUAAUUAUGUAUAGAGAUAAUUAAAUUAAUCAAUAGAUAGGAAGAAGCAAAGAACCCUUCUUGUGUUA